UAACAGGCAUAAUCCUCCAAGAGACUGGAUUUCCAUAUUUUAAAAUUGAACAUAAUUAAAGCCGUCGUGGAGUCCCUUAAGCCCUGAGCGAGUGUAAGAGACGCAGCGAGCUUUAGAGAAGUGUGGAGGAUGGCAACUGCAAAGAUGCGCAUCAAGUCAAUGGGGGAUGGACGGAAGAGUCUGUAUAUGAGCAUGGCAAAUGAGAAGUUCCAACAAGACCCUAAAGGUACGAUGGGGAAGGGCGAGAAGGGAAAGAAGAAGGGCGCCAAGAUGGCCACCACGGGACUCGACAUGGAGGAGGAUGCCCUUCAUCUCAACAUGUUGUCUGAAGAACUGGAAGAUUUCCUGUACGCUGCGGAGUUUGGGGACACUCCUACUAUACGGCGUAUGCUGCAUGACUUCCCCGACAUUGACGUCAAUGCUUCUGACAUAUUGGGACGCUCAGCACUGAGGCUUGCUGUGGGGAAUGAACACUUAGAGAUAGUUGAGCUACUUCUUGACAAAUCAAACGUUGGGAACGUCUACGAGGCCCUCCUCCUGGCCAUAAACAGCGACCAUGAGCAGAUAGCUGAGGCUAUACUCAGACAUCCGUCCUAUGACAAAAUAGCAAAGACGAUUCGUGUCAUGGGACAAAGUGAUAUAUUUUACAGCGCUCUAAGCGAUCUUGAUUCUCAAUUCUCUGCUGAUAUCACCCCUCUGAUCUUAGCUGCCCAGAGGAACCAGUAUGGGAUCGUGCAGUACCUCCUGAUGAGGGGGGACACGAUAAUACCUCCACAUAGUUACAACUGUUGUUGCACUGAAUGCACCGAGAAAGUCGAACUUGACCAACUUCGCUACUCGAAAAUGCGACUGAACAAUUACAAAGGUCUCGCAAGUGAAGCGUAUAUCUCACUGUCCAGCAAGGAUCCCAUACUUACUGCAUUUCAGCUUGGACGUGAGCUGAAAAAUGUUGCUAAUUUUGAAAAGUACUUUAAGACGGAAUACCUCCAGCUGGCUGCGGGGUUGAGUGAUUAUGUUGUGAAACUAUUAGAUAAAGUAAGGAGCCAUGAGGAACUUGAGACUAUACUAAAUGAAACAAAUGGUAGCACUUUGGGCAAACGAGAAAAACUUGCCAGAUUAAAACUAGCUAUUUUUUACGAUGAGAAAAAGUUUACAGCCCACGCAACAUGUCAACAGAAGCUAGUCAGUAUAUGGUAUGCCGGGAUGUUGAACAUUGAACGAAAGGGGGCAAUGAUGAAAUUCUUCUUGCACCUGGGGCAUAUUUUGCUCCUGCCAUUUUUGACGUUGGCUUACUGGAUUGCUCCUAAGACAAAGAUUGGACGGUAUCUGAGUUAUCCAUAUAUGAAGUUUAUGGCAAACACCGUUUCUUACAUGAUCUUCCUAGCCUUGAUCGUUGUAUUCAGCUUAACCGAAUCACCAGCGGAUGAAUAUACGUUUUCACAACAACCUGGUGUAAAAGAGUUCUACAAGGAAUACACCAACAAAUCGUACAACACAAAUGGCGUUUUCCUGGAUGAUUUCUAUGUCAGACCGCAUUUGCCAAACGUGAUGGACUAUAUACUGAGCGUCUGGGUUGUGGGUCUGGUGUGGCAAGAAUGCAAGCAGCUGUACGGAGAGGGGCUGGAAGGCUUUGUUGACUCCUGGUUCAACCUUAUGGAUUUUUCAAUGUUGACUGGCUACUUAGCUUCAUUUGUGCUUCGGUUUCUGGUCCGAAUAAAGGUUACUAUGGCUUUGGAUUUCUUCACACAUCGCUCAUCUUGGGAGUCACUUGUGAAUGGGGACCCUCGCUCUGUUUACAAACAAUAUUGGCUAAUUGCAGAUCGUUAUUACUGGAAUGCCUGGGACCCUCAGCAUGUAUGUGAGGGAUUAUUUGCUAUAGCAAAUGUACUGAGCUUUUCUCGAAUCUCAUCAAUUCUUUCCACCAGUGAUGUAUUCGGCCCAUUGCAGAGAUCACUUGGGAGGAUGGUCUCAGACCUGUUAAAGUUUUUCAUAGUAGCUGGCUUGGUAUUUCUGGCAUUCAUGAUAGCAUUGUUCAACCUGUUCUGGUACUAUGAUGACGCCACAAGGAGAAGCGCAGAGAUGCCCAAAGCACACCCUCAUGAGAUCACCAAUGCACAAUUGUCAUUUGGGGAGUUUGAGUUAACAUUCCGGACUGUGUUUUGGUCACUGUUUGGCAUGACAGAUGCAGACGUGGUUGAACUGCAGGAAUACGACAGCAAAUUUACAACUAGUGUUGGUUACAUAUUAUUUGGUGCCUAUAACUGUACAAUGGUCAUCGUUAUAUUGAAUAUGCUUAUUGCUAUGAUGGCUAGAUCGUACGACCAAGUCGCAGGAGUUGAAGACGUCGAGUGGAAGUUUGCCCGUACACAACUGUUUAUGGAAUUCAUCAAAGAGGGUUCUACAUUACCCGUACCUUUCAAUAUCAUCCCCACUCCCAAAGCAAUAUAUUAUUUCUUUAGGAGUAUAUACAGAACAAUUCACGACUGCUGUUUUCCUAAGAAACGACAAUCCAAGUUUCAGAAAAGCGCACGUGAUGUACAAACAAUUAAGAAUAUCUUAAACAAUAUGGGCGAAAAGGCUAAAAAUACAAAGGGGAGUGAUUUGCCUGAUGAGGGUCCAAUAAAGUUGAACAAUGUUAGAAAGAUUGACAAUAAUCUGGAACAGGAGGAAAAUGUCAUCAAUAUUGAAGAUGUCCCAAACAUUUCUAACCACGAGAGAGUCAUGAAGCGCAUAGUAAAGAGAUUUAUAUUCGAGAGUCAAGCUGAAGAAGAUGGGGCUACAGAGGGUGACUUCGCGGAGAUCAAACAAGAUAUUUCUAGUUUCAGAUAUGACGUUUUGAAUUAUCUAAACUCGCAGCAACGCGUGGUAAAAGACAAUAGGAAACGAUUGAAUGAAUUGAACCAACACAUAACCAAUCUGGAUGAAAAAUUAGACUUACUACUGGAUGAGAAUAUCAUCCGGAUGAAACACUUAGAAAAACUAUUGACUAAGACUAUGGAGAGGUCAUCCUUGGCAAACGAAGGUGGAAUCUCACCAGAGGAUACUAAAGAUUUAGGAACAGAGACAUUGUCACGUUGGAAAUCAAAGUCUCGUAAACCAAUAUUAAAAUCACAGAAAUCCUCAUCGCUGCCAAAACUAGACAACAAUAAUACUGUUGAUAAUGAUAACUUUGAUCAAACGGAUGAUGAACUGGACCCAACUGUGUGGGUGAAACACAAUAAAAUGAAUAGAAGGAAAGCAAUGAAGCGUGUUAUGAACCAGUAUAGCAGUAGUGAGUGUGACAAUCCUGAAUCGCCCAAACCCGGGGAUGGCACUAGCCCAAGUGCCGUUGACGAGGGGAUUGUGGGAAAAGUUGGCAUGGUGAUGGAUUCAAUCGGUGGUCUUAUUAUGGGAAAAAGAACAUCAACGUCUGAUGUUUGAAUUUAAUAAGACCUGAGAAUUAAUCUAUUAUAUCAGUAUAUAUUAUUUAUCUGACGGUACAAUAAAAAAAUAAAUGAACUAUGC